CAAUCGAUAUCCGAUGGGAUGACCCAGUGGUCGGGGCGCUUCCGUUCCUGCUGCUGUUCCCUUCUGGUGCUUCCUUCAGAGUUCCUUCCGAGUCACGUCAAGGCGCGUCAACUGUAAUUCUUGGGGCAUUUUGCGACCUUUGAAGGGAACGACGUGCACUUUCAAAAGGGCCGCCUUGUUUCACUUUUCUCCUGUGGACCACUCUAUCUGUCGUAAGAUAGGGUAGUACGAUGGAUGAACUCCUCCACCACUGUCUGCGAGAGCUUUCUUUUGACGGAGACCUUGGCUCCAACCCCUCACGUUUGAAGGAUUUUAUCGUCGAUUUUUACUCUCACAACUCUUCGUCUGCCGCACAGAAUACCGACGACGCCUUUUGCGCUUUCGUAUGGUCACUCGUCGUGCAGCAGCCAAAUGUUCUUGUCGGUACUAAGCCACCCGGAGUCAACUCUGAAGUCUGGAUAGCGCCACAGACUAGUGCUAAGCGAAAGGCGAGUGCUAAGGGAGAGUCAUUUGUCGAAACUCGUCCUGCGCAACUUGAAAUCAUCUCAGACGCAAAGUCUCGCUCUCUUGAGGACCUGAUCAAUGAAUACGGAGACGACCUGCGUAUUGCAGUUGAUCCGGACUCAAUAUAUGCUGCGGUCACUGGCUCGCACAUCCGGUUCCCAAAAAUGAGCCCCAUGGUCUAUUCAGCGCUUCAGAUAAUCACUCGUGGACGAGAUAAUGGUGUUUCAGUCGUGGAACUCGGACAACGAUCCAAGUACGACCAGAAAACGUGCUUCUAUCUCGUGCGGCAGCUAACGGAGCUUGACUUGGUCGUCAAAGUUCGAAGAGGGGGGGUCGGUACCCAUUUCUGUAUACAUCGGUACUUUUUCGAUCGCAGUCCAUCCUGGAAGGCGAUACGCGACGAAGAAAGCAACGCAGCCGCACCCCUGAAGCCAGAGUUUCCUCCCGGUGACGUCGAAGCUGCAGAUGAGGACAAUAUCUCUCCUGAAGUCCGGGCCCUCAACUUCACGCCCAUUGAUGCACGUCAUCUCUCUAGCCUACCGCUUAUCCGGGCACGCGUCCUUAACCUACUCAAAGUAUCAAAAAAUCAGAUACAUCCUGCUAAUAACCUGAUUAUAACCAUUGGAUUUAAGCACCCUACCAAGACCGAUCGAAGAUUUUUUCAAAGUCGUAUCCGCGAAAUGAUCCAAGAAGGCAUCAUCGAGAAGGUAGUUGUCCCUAACAGGAAGAAGAAUUCAGCAUCGUCUGUGACUUGUUUUCGACUGGUCGAGGAGGUCCAAUCGAGAGCGCAAGGUCCAAUUGCUGUGCCGGACGCGGAUGACGAUGAAGAUAAUGAAACUGAACAAGCCGGCGUCAAAACUAAUACGACGAUACACAAGCAAAUCAUCGAUCUCUUGGAGGAGUCAGGAACCAAAGGAAUGACGCUUAAUGAACUUUCUGCUGCUUUGUGUCAUUUCGACAAGAGGACAAUAGAACUCCUUCUCACUCGCGCUGAGAAGGUUCAACCGCCUUCACAUUUAAGUGAUCUCGGUAUUUCUGGCCUCAUGGAGACUUUUGGGCGGGAGCGACGACACAGAUACUACACCGUGUCCGCAUAUCAUUCUCUGGUAUCCCAGGAAAAUUUAGAUACGUCAUCUGCGAGGCUGGCGGAAGUGGACUUUGGAGACUCGUGUGGGUUCAUGCCUGUGGAUCCAAAGAGCUUUUACGGUGAUACAAAAACUCUGAUAAAACACCAGGAUGCCGGCAGGGAAGAAUUGACCAAAAAUUUGAAGGCUAAGAAGGCACCGAAAAAUCCUGUCUUGCCGGACAGAUCCGUUAAGCUGGGCCGUACAAAGAAAUCGCAGGCCGGUGAAGACGGAACACCUGUCCAGGAGGAAACACCUCAGCGCCAAACCAAAAAGCGCAAGCGCAAAGCUGAUGAAGGUCAAGAAGCUGACGCAGAUGCCGAUUCCGCGGGUCCAUCUACGAAGAGGCGAAAAACUGCACGGACUGACGGUGGUGACGCUGUGCAAGCUGUUCCGAAGAAGCGAGGGCGACCACGGAAAGGCAGGGCCCAGGACAGUGAUGUUCAAGCACCACAGCCCGCUCGAUUGGUGACUCGGAGAAGUGGGAAGAGAAAAGGAAACAGCGAUAUUCGGCUUGAGGAUCAGGACACCGUUGCAGACAAUAUCUCUGAUGUCGAAGAGCCACCAGCAAAGCGACUUCAUCGUUCCGUCUCUGUCGAACGGCAGACGUCCAAGCUGCCCAUAUCGGAUCUAUCUGACCGGGCGGGCAUAACAGAGCCCACCGUAGAAUUGCGAGAAACCCCUGCUGAAACGAUAGCACCGUUGGAAGCGAGAGCUGAUGAUAUUCGUAAUCCUCCUCCGGUCACACCAAUGGGUAUGGCUACGGCCACAACUCCAAUUCCACACGCUGCAGUUGUCGCUGAAACUCUGCAAGCAGAAGAAACUCAGCCGGUCCUUCCUGUUGCCGAGACUGCAGAGAUUCCUACUGACCCUGCAUUGCUGGGAGAUUCUAUGCAGAACGUGGAAGAAACCACAACGGAAGCAGACCAACAGCUGAACGCACCCAAGGGGAGAGUCAAUGUUUCUCAUCUUCGCCGAGAAAACGAAUUUUACAGGGUUAUUGAGUUGCUAGGAGGGAUCGUCAACACCCAAACGAAGGAUUUAUAUGAUGCUCAUUCGAGCCUACUGGAAACCCUUUCACUAGCCGGAGAACCCACUAGUUCUCCUGCUGGUACACGGACUGACAAACGUACGGCUAACGCUACGUUUAACAGCUUGGAAAGUCGUGGCAGAAUCAAGCAACUUAGGACUUCUGUUCCUGGACCUGCAGGUGUUAGCCGACCAACGGUAAUCGUGUACUUGCUCGACACGCCAAAGGAGAAGUUGGCGGUUUUCUUGGCAGAACUCGCGAAAGGCUCUAUCCCCAUUCCUCCCCAGCCGAUCAUUGCUCGAAAGAUCGAUGACCCUGUGGAAUACGGACCCGAUCCUGCUCUCAUAGCUCGUGAAGGCCUUCCGCUGCAAUUGUUACAAAUGGAGAAUUCUUCAGGUCACGACCAGGCCGAACGGUGGAAGAAAAAUACUGCCCGUGCAGAAAAGCUUUUCAGCCAUGACGACACAGUGAUUAAGGAGGUACUGCUGGCAGAGCGGACUACGCUGGGUCAGAAGUACGGAAACAUCGUUGCGAAAAGUUUGCGGUCCCGGGAACUGCAUAUCACUGCUAUGAAAGCCUUCGAAAACACAGAUCCCUCCUCACAGAUUGUGUCCCAUGAGCACCGAGUAUUGAACUUAUCGUUCUUUUGCUAUGAUCUCCCACUCGAACUCUACUGCUCGCUGCUGUCCCCGCUUUUCCACCAUGAACAGCUCACACAAUUUCUUGCGAACCCGGAAUGCCGCCAAACGUUGGUACGAGAUUUGCCUCAGGGUUUGCAAUCAAUCCUUCAAAUCGGAAAAUCACGGGCAAGAUCUCGAUUCCUUGAUAUCCUUGAGCUUUUAAGACACCUAGGUCUUGUCAUCCCAUUGACGCCAUCCAAGUCGGCAUCUCCGUGGCUGCAGUGUCAUUCGUUGGGAGAUCAUCCGAAAGGUUAUGAACAGGCUUCGUUGGAGGGCUGGACAGCUAGCACUCCAACUACUGCGCCAACUUACUGGCAGUUCAAAACAUCCGCCCCUCUGUAUCAUUGGGCAUCAUCGGAGUUGUCCCCUCCAUUCCUGCAAAACGUUAGCGUCCGUACUUUAGACGAAGUUUCCAAGUAUUGGGAGCUACUCAGAGAAGCGUGUUUGAACAGCAGCGUUUUACCUGCCAUCACCGACGGCCAGGCUCCUCUGCCCAUCCCCACGGUCUCUUCCAAGGUCUCUCGGUCUCUUCGUCGUUCAGUGUCUUGGAAUCCCAACUAUGUUUUCACUUGGCACCAAACCCAAUACCUUCGACGUUUCGUGAAUAUUGACACGGGAAAAACGCCUCUUGACCUGGAAGACGGAGGCGCUGCGGAGAUCGCCAGAAUCUCUGAUAUCAUCAGUGCGCCUCCAGAAGCGGUGCGAGAGCACUAUGCCACCGCUCACGAGAAGAUGGUGAAGGAUCUAGAGAAAAUGGAGCGUCGACGGAAACGCGAAAGUUCCGAAACCAGGGCAAAAGAGGCUGCGGACGCUAAAGCAGCUCUUGCGAAGAGGGCAGCAGAUGCACGUUUACAUCGAGAGCACGAGUGGGAUGAUCUGGUUAUGAAGGUACAUCCGGAACCAUCGCCAUAUGCGGGCAUCCGUUUGCGAAAAAUACAGGCUCGAUUUCUUCAGUCCGUAGGGAAGGAGACGGACAAGUGGGAAAGUGAAGUAGAACAGGCUUUCCGGGAAGCUGACCUUGCAUCAGCCCAAAUUUUGAAAACAUCUCAGGCUCCCCCAAUACAUAAAGUUAGACCUCGUCCACCUCGAAUUACUUCUUCAACCGUUUCGGUUCAACCAACCCCAUCGACUUCAACCUCCUCUGCGCCUGUGGCCUCAUCUGCACCUACUCCGAUCACAACAAAUCCGGUAGAAAAAUCAAUUUAUGCUCUCAUUGCUGAACAAGGUCCGCCUAUCAUUCCGCCGCCCCGCACCGACUCCAAACGAAAACGCAGGCGGAAAUUGGAGGAAGCUGGAGAAGAGCAACCGCCGGAACCCAAAGUUAAACCCAUUACUCGCAGACAUCGCUUCCAGUGGAAUAAGGAUUACGAAGAGCUUGCUCGGGAUGCAUCGGUUAUCAUCAGAGCCAGAUGCCGAAAUGGUGUGCGACUCGAUUGGGGAGCAUUUGAACAAGUAUUUCCGGCGGUUCCGAGAAAUAGUGUACGUCAGCGCCUAGCACACAUUCGAGAAUCGCCGGGAAAUGAGGCAUAUCUCACUCGUCUAGAGGACCGGUGGUAUGAUCUCUGGAUGAAACAUCGAGGUACGGUUGUCCUACCUGAUGAUGAUCUCAAUAGUGCGACAAACUUCAAUCUGAUUCGUCAUCUCGAGUUCCUGCGGAGCCAUAUUGACAAGAAUGCUUUGCGAGUCGGUUAUGCCCAAACGCAAGAAAACUCGAAUGCAGAGUUGAUCAUACCUGGUACCAUAGAUGAGCUUUUAGACGGCUUCAACGUCAUCGAAACCGCUACAACUGGCCCAGCAUGGGACUUCAUGUGGAAUGGCGUUGUCGAAGAGGGUCGGGAAAAACGCUUAACGUCACAGCCGUUCCUUGAUACCCUUGGCGAUCUGGGUGAAACGCCAGUUAAUGAUGCACUUGCGAUAGCCGAAUCUGCAUUGAAGAUGGCACUCGGUACGCCUCUGGAACACUAUGAUGCUGAAGGAGCGUCAACUCUUCUGCGAAGCGCUGCAGAAGAACAUAUCGUCACUUCUGCCACCAAAGGUCUUGUCAGCCGUGGUGUCCUGUCUAAGCUCGUCCGAGAUCAUCAUAGACAGAAGCCCGGAAGACAGUUGAAGAUUUCUGACGCAAAUCUAGCAGCUUUGGGAGGAUCCAUCAGUAGCGAUCUAUUCCAGGACGCUGCAGGGCUCGAAGAAGACCUUGCGGCUGGAGAAAGUGAUAUGUGGAGAGAAUGGCCUUUAACAGCGACUGACGGAGACUCGGCAGCUCUAAUCCAGCUUGUGUCAGACAACAAGGUCGAUUUUAAGAUCGACACGACCAAUGCUCAAGCAGCGCGACCCAUGCUUGACUGGAAUAGUAAGAAAGCGGAUGAUGAUCAGAUCGAAUCACCACUUCAUGUUCAAUUUCACAACAUAUCGUUACGGUCGUCAAGCUCACAGGUGACACCGAUCGUCCAGCUCAUGGACAUUGAUCCUGUAGGAAGUAAAGGGACUUCCGAUACAGUGCAUGGACAAGCAGUGGACGGAUCAGCCGCGUGCUGUAGACGAGCGACCGAUAAUGGCGUAGUUGAUUGUACUGGUUGUUUGGAUGAGCAGUGGGCCAGAGUCAGCUCAACGUUCAGUCCCGGGGACAUGGCCAUAGCACAUUCGAUCCUAAGUGUCGUCGGUCAAGCCGGAGGUCAAGGGGCUUCUAAGAUCACUCUUGCAGAAAAUACCAAAAUCAGUAUGGAUGCGCUGUUACCGGUUAUUCAGCGACUAGCGGAACGCCCUUUGCCGUUGCUAUAUUGGGUCGGCUACUCUUCUGUAUACUUGGUAUCUGCAGCGCACAUCAAGACGUGGACAGUGACGUUACCCUCUGAGAUCCUUUUGAACAUUUUCCCUCGCCGGUGGAUUGACGUUCGUGGUACUAAGCUGGUGGAGGUUUGGGAAGCAGCUCUAAGAGCCGCUAUAGGAGUGAUUAUUUUCCGACCUGGUAUAUCCCAGGCGGAACUUCGCUGGCGACUUCGGGGGGUUUAUGACAGACAAGAAGUCUACGACAUCCUCCAGUAUCUGCUGGAAGAUGAGAUCAUCAAGACCUCGAUUAGCAGUCAAAUGGUUCCUGUGCUAGAUGAAAGAGAGGAGAGGAAAGUUUUCUACUUCUUAAAUCAGUCAAAGAAAUGGUAUCGUCUCUGAACGCACUCCAAGCAAUAGAGCAUUUUAUCCUGUUUUUAAACAACAAGGACGUUCAUCUGAAAACCUCAAUUGUAUACUAUAACACUCAUUUGCAGGCUUAGACACACUUAACUGUUAAUUCUGUGAAGUA